AUGUCCAGUGUUCGCGCUGUCAUUCGUCGCAGCCACCUCAAGUCCAAGACGGGAUGCUUGAACUGCAAACGCCGUCGCGUCAAGUGUGACGAGUUCCAACCAACUUGUCGAAAGUGCCACAAGCUAGGAAUCGAAUGCAAUUAUCCCGUACAAGAUGGCGCCUCAGAACCUCAGGCUCAGCCAGCCAUUUUGUGGCCAACCCCCAUCGAGCAAGCCUGCAUCCUAUGGAAGGAAUCAGGUUGUUCACCAUUCCCUACUCUAUUUCGGCAAGAAUCUCCCGGCUGGCAUACCAUGCCCUUGUCCAACUUGCGAUAUAUAUACCAAAUGGCACUGAUCGAUACAAUGCUCGACCUCAGCGGAACAAGGGAGAUCGCGCUUUUGUGGGGAGAGAUUAACAUCAUCAUCCAACUAGCAGUAAACUUCGACUUUGUCGCUAAUACCCUUGCUGCCGUCUCGGCAGAGCGUCUCGCCGUGCGGACAAGAUCCAGCGAGCCGGCAAGAGAUGCAGCGCGGUAUCGUAAGCUAGCACUCGAGGGGCUCGGGCAGGCAGUUGGAUCCUUUUCCAAGGACAACUCAGACGCCAUAUUAGCGUCCUAUCUAUGCUGCCAAUUUAUAGUGCCCGAGUAUCGUUCAUUCAUGGUUGUCACGAAAAGCGUAUCAAAGGUCGUGUCAGAAAUGCAGCCAUGGUCCGCACAAUCUGUAUUCGGCCGCAUCUACGCCUAUGAACUCAUAUCCGACUCUCACCAGUCCUUUGUCACAGACUACAACAGCACUACCAUGGCCAUUGUCAACGCAAUACUACCCCCGCCCAGCGUUGCCGAUGUCCUCUUGCAAGGCAUGAAUACGCUGAGUUGGCAGACCCCCUGUUUCCAAAACGACCCGCACUUCUCUGCGGCUAUUCGGCAGCAACGGGACGCCAUGCGCUUCGUCUACGAGCGACUUGGCGUUGAGACUAUCCCUGCUACGACGCAGUACCGCCUUCUCUUCCCGUUCAUGUCCUGGUUCAACAGGAACACGGGGUCUUCGUACGUCACUCUCAGUCAGAGAGAUCCGCAGCUGCUCCUGUUUCUACUUAAUCUGUUCUCGGUUGUGCUCGUUCUUGUGGUGGCGUUGCCUGCGACAGACACACCCUUUUUUGCUUCCUUUAGAGUGAGAGCUGUGCUGGAUUUAGCACGAGCGCUAGAAUUGGUACAGGAAGCUCUCCUGUUUAUACUCUGCAACGACCAAGAUAUCAUUCGCAGGCAGAUAGACGAGAUGAGAGAUUUGCUCAAGGACCACCGCGAUGAACAAUCCGACAAUCUCAAAGACCUACGUGACAUGCUCCACGAACAGCAGGAUACCCAGAAUACAACGACAAUUCAGCAACGCAACCAACUAGACUACAUUGAAGCCAUAAUAGCCCGCCGUCAUACCGACAUUUAA